AUGCCUCCUCCAGCAAAUUCUCCGUCUAAUACGCAACCGUCGUUCGCUUCGUCGUCCCACGUACCCCCUCCGCCAUCUGUUGACCCCUCGGCAUUUAUGCAGAGUCGCGCCGAGCCAUCCCCGCUGCUGCAUUCACUCCCACAACAGCCGUUACUGGACGACGAGGACGACGAGCGUGAGGAAUUUGUCCGGUCUCGUAUCAGCGCCUUGUAUGGUGCUGACGCUAGGGUUUUCCGUCAUUUGGCAGAGCUCACAAGGUCUAGCGGGAGCGAGCAACGAAUGAGGAGAUCAGGUUCGGGCCGGAUGCGCCAGUCCUUAAGGGAUAGUGAGGCCAGGCAAGCACAAGAUCAGGCAUAUGGAGCUCGGAUUCCGUCCUGGAGACCUGGCCAGAGGCAGUCGUUGUAUGACUGGGCCCCAGCAACUCCGCCCGAAGAGGAUUCUGAGAGUCGGCCCACAGCCGGACGCACGCUGGCUGGUAUGUUCGAGGGUUUAAUUAAUGCGCGUUCUGAAUCUUCUACUAGGAGUUCAUCGUUCAUGCAAUCUCUCCGCCCGCCCAACCGGCGGCCGAUACGCUCGCGGCCACAAUGGCAUGGGUAUUCUUGGGAGCGUGAACGAGAGAGGCAACGAGAGGGGAGAGAGGACUCAUUCACUUAUCAUGAAUGGGGCAAUCCAGAGGUGAUACAUCGCUCACGGCCAAUUAGAAUUCGAGGUGAGAAUCUCAGAGAUUCUGGUUCAUCCAGUUCACCCUCCCCCUAUGAGCUUGAGGAGGUCAUAAAAUAUCUCGCCAAACUGCGCUCUAGCAGUGGUCCACAGGAAAGCCUGUUACUCGCCGAGAAGGCCGGGUUUGGUCGUAGCGACGACUGGAUGGAGUUCCUCGACGAGGGGGCGCGAUGUGAUGAUUUACUGCUGGACACUCGUUUUCUAAGUGUCGCGGAAACCUCGUGGCUAAAAGUAGGUGGAAUCUUUUGGGGUUCCCAGACGACCCCGCCGGUAUUCCCGGUCGCGCCUCUGCGGACUAACCAUUCAUCGGCCUCGUCAACCUCAUCCUUACCUUCCAACACAACUUCUGCUGCCCUCCCUCACCAAGACGAAUCUCGGCGGGCGCCUGGGAGAACUUCAUCUUAUGCCAACACCCCUCAUAAAUGGACUGUAAAAGUCAGCAUAUCAAGUAUUGAUUAUGCCCAACUGCGCUUAACUGGGACUAUGGAGGCAUUUACAGACUUCCAGCCCUCGUCCACCGAGAGAAAAACUAGCAUAACAACAUACUUGGAAGGAGAAAUAAUAGAUUUCAAAACGCACAGCUUGGAGACCUUCAACUUCCAUAGUAAUAUCAAAGACGAUGCAAAUAACUGGCGCAAACUUGAACCGUUUUCUCGCCUGCCCGAUGAUCAACUUGUCAAAAGUCUAGUUUCCAAGAAGUUUAUGAAAAACCUCACUGAUAACUGGAUAUUCAUGAGAUGGAAAGAAAAAUGCUUCAUAACCCCCCAAACCUCGCCAGAGGUCGGUGUCCUAACCAUAGGCGGCUUCUACUUCCUUUCCCUCCGCCGCUCAGACGGCCAAAUACAGGGCUUUUACUAUGACCCCCAAAGCCAGCCAUACCAAGAACUAAGCUUAAAGCCACAGAAACGAAUGUUCCCAACCUAUGCAUUUCGAUAA